AUGAACUUCAAAUGCGAUGAUAAUGACGAUUGUGGGGACAACUCCGAUGAGACUGACUGCCCUCCUCCCAGCUCAGAAGGUAAAGGCUAGUUUGCACCCAUGACGUAAUACUGUAAUAGCCGGUACAAGCCACAUGCGUUGACGUAGUAGCGCGUUAAUAACUAGCAGGACGUUAUAAACAUAUAGCCUGUGUAGCAAGUGUUCCCGUGCGAGUUGGAUGAGAAAGUUGUAAUGAGAGCAAAAAAAGGCAGGAAGGGCAUGAUAAAGAGAAACGCUUGUCCACAGACCUCACGAUUCUGAUACACAUCCCUUAAUAUUUGACAGUCCGUUUCAUUCGUAGGUUGACAGCUUGUCAACAUAGUAGCAGAAAAACAGAUUCACCAGAUUUUAAAAAAUUUUCUCUUGUUUCCUACCCUCCCCUCCCCUUCUUCUCCUUUUUUUUUGUUUUGUUUUCCAACUUUCUCAACAACUCGCUGAUAAACGAAGGCCAUCUCCCAUGACUCAAGACAUAGUCGCCUCGAGUUGAGAACGCGCUGCUGCAGGAAAAUUGAGAAAAAUGGAGGCAAGUGAGGUUCAGGAAUGCGAUUGCCAUGAGCCUUGAAAUCAAUAAGAGGUUUGAUGUAGAAUUCUAGGAUCGGGUUAAGAUAACUGCAAGGAUGCGCACACUACGUAACUACAGCAUUGCUUUGCACUCGCCUCGGCAUUAAAGGGCACCUGAACACGGCCUUUGGUCCUACUGCGGCCUGACGGCUGUACCGAUGAGCCCUAAUGAUGGCGAAACAGCUCUACUAUCUGAACAAUCUGAAAACCUGGAACAGGUUUCUGAUGGGGUGAUAUUGCAGGUACUCUCAUGCGUAAGAAACUGGCCAUAGCGUGAAGUUUAAUGGUGUGUGUGCUUCCUUGCAGUUUCGGCCAGUCUAGUCUCAACUACACUCCCCUAACCUAAAGUUAGCAUUAACUCUAACUUCUCCCAAAGAAAGGUGUAGGUGGGCAGUUUCCCCGAAUCUUAUCCAAAGCUGUACGAAAUCAAAACAGGAUUAAAACUAUGCAAGCGUUGUUACGUUGAGUUCUAUUAAUAAAACUAGUUUGCUCGACACGUCGUGCCCUGUAUGCCUGGAUACUAAAUCUUAAUUCUCUGAUCUCAAAUGCUACUUUCUCAAAAAAACAUGAAAGGAGAUGAUCCAAUUUUAAAGCAUUCGCUGUGCCCGACAGGACAAUACCAGGCUGCAAUAACUGAAGCCUUCAGCGCAAUCAACCAAUCAAUCAAUCGUUAAUUUAUCCACGUAGCGCCUAGUGAGCUAAAAAGCUCGUUCAAAAUACGUACGUGCUAACGUAAAAUUGUCUUAAAAUCUUGAGAAUUAAAAAUCUAUUAUAUAUACAACAACUAGGUUUGUCAUAAAAGCUAAAAUGUACAACUACAAAUGUCACCGUAUGAGAAUUCAGAUGACUAAAAAUUGCUAUGAAUACGCAUUCUAAUAUGCAAGAUUGAAAAUUGAAAUAAAAGGAUUUAUUCUCAAUCGACUUAGCAAACUUGGAUAGGUUUUCUUUCCUCAGAUCGGGUUCAAGUGAAUUUCAGAUUUUAGCGACUUGGUAGGUGAAAGAGAGGAUUUAUGCGCUUUGUAUUUUCUGUUUGCCUCUACCACUUGCUGUGUGGGUAAAACCAGCUAUCUAGUAAUUAUUUUAACAAAUCGGCAUUUAAUACGAAUUUUAGCGUUCAUCAUUUAUUCCAUAUAUUUAGAUACAACCCUGUUAGUUUUUGGAUCACAGGAUGGAUUAUACGAAAUUGACGUGCGCAACAAGUCAAGGAUGACACGGAUAUCCAAGAAGAUUGUCUUAUCAUUUGACUUUCCAUCAGAACCGUCCCAGAUUUACUGGUCGGACGGGAAACGUAUAUACCAGUUAUCUCGACAUAAUGGCAACAAUGAAGCAGUAAAAUUUCGUCCUGAUGACGUCAAGUCAGUGGCGAGUCUGGCUGUUGAUGGACCGGCUAAUAAAUUAUACUGGACAGACACCCUGCAAGGUGCAAUUUAUGUUGGGGAUCUAAAAAAUGACAGAACUAUCAAGCUAAUGGAAGAAAACCUUGAAUCUCCGAGAGCUAUUGUUCUUAGUAAAGGGUAAGUAUCAAAAGUUUGGCUUUUUCCAAUGUUAGGUAACCCUUUCGAGCUGCAUACUGUGUUUACUCGGAGCCCUGGCUCGAAUAUUAACGCGCCUCUUAGCCCUUGAUGACAUGUUCAUACGCGGACUGAACAUGUCUUGUUUUGCUUAAAGAAUGUACGCAAUGAACUAAGUAUACCAACUGAUACUUUGAUGAAGUCAACUGACUGCGGUUAAAAGACUCAAAAGAUCGAAGUUUCGAGCAGUAGCCCUUCGUCAUAGCAAAUUCUGAUAGAUCGCCAUACGAAAAAUAAUUUGUGCAUCCUAUGGGGCGACAUCCACCUUCCUGAUCAACUAGGCCAGUUGUGUUCAUUCAAGACGUUUCCUUAAGAGUGUGUGUAAUAGGACUUGCCGACCUCAAGUUAUUCAGGCGAUUAUUUACAGGUUGGGAGUAGCUCUUCUCGAACCGUCUCCUCUGUACGUCGACCUUGCACUUUUCGGGAUCUCUAGCCUUCUGUCGGAUGUGCCUCUGAACUAGCUUGGAGAUCUCACAGUCGGGGUUCAUGCGGGAAGUCUUUUUACGUGCAAAUGUUGUAAUUACAUUUCGCCAAACGAACUGCCAUUUCAAGAUAGUUGCAUUCAUCUUGGAUAGUUAACGAGUUUCCAUACGAACUGACUGAUCCCUCAAUAAAAAAAGGGAGGGAGGAGGUGGGGGCGGCUAUACACAGGUUACUAAUCUUAGGUCAGUUGUUAUACUGGCAAUCACUAGAGGAAAUUUUUUAUAUUUUUUCUUACAGCUACAUGUACUUUGCCGAGGGAGGUAGGAAGCCGAAAAUCGAAAGAGCAAGGCUGGAUGGGAGUAAAAGAAAGACGCUCUUUAUUAGUGAUAGUAACCUAGUCCCAAAUGGUUUGGCUCUCGACGAGACACGCAACAAACUUUACUGUGCAGGGACAGACCUAGCUGGAUACGGCGUUAUAGGGGUUAUCACUCUGAGUGAUUUAAGAACGACUUUUAUUUUUCAACGCACGGGCUAUCGUCCGUUUGGUCUAGAUAUCUUUGAGGAGCAUGUGUAUUGGACUGACCUAAGAAAAAAGGCUCUUUUACGCAUCAACAAAUCUAGUGGAACUGGAAUGGAGGUCAUUUUAUCUGGUUUAAACAAGCCGAAGGGAUUAAAAAUUCUCCAAAUAGGUAAAGAAAGACUAGGUAGAAAUAGUACUCAAUGAGGGGGCACAUGCAGAUUUGGCACAUGCCUUUUUGCUGUUUUCGCUUUGCCAAACUGACAGAGUCCGUGUGAAAAGACCCUAUAUCUCUUAAGACACUAUGUCCUGUUGCAGAUUAUGAUAACUCCUUUUCGACGAGGGUGACAACGAUGAGUACGGUUGUUCCAGGUGCUACUUGUGCAUAUAGGAAUGGCGGUUGUGAGCACUUAUGUUUAAAUCUGCUACACCCAACAGAGCAGAAAUGCCUCUGUGAGGAAGGGUUUAGGCUUGGAGAAGAUGGGAAAACAUGCGAAAUGGUAAGUGUUGGUAAUAUUACCAAUUUACUAAAAGUUAUUGGAACUGCCACUUAAAUGCCCCAAGACUUGAUUCCCAUGUGUUCACAUAUAUGUCGCACGUGAUUUUAUUACUUGGCCUUGACGCUCGAUCCGAUCUCGUACGUACGUACCCAAAGUGUUGUUCAUUACUACUCCAGCUACGUUACGUUGAGUUUCGUCCGAUCAUAUUAUCGCCAGUUUGUUUUAAGAUACGUCAUUUAGGAUGUCGUUUAUUUAAAGAAAAUCUUCAACAAGCAGUCCAGAUCCUUCCAGUAGCUUUUUGUGUAUUCUUUGUACGUGAGCUUAAGACAUUUAAGACGUGUCAAAAGAUUAUACGUCCGAUUAGGGAUAAAAUUUCUAAAAAUGUACGAUACAGCUAAUCAACUUCAGUGACUGAAGUGUUAGCCGCAAAAACGGCUCAUUAGAGAGUGAAGCCCUACUAUAUGCGACCCCCCUUUUAUGACAGAUUUGAUCUUUGACGGGAUGGAUCAAAAGCAAGUUACAGCCUUAGUGCUGCUUCAUUUAUCAAAGGCGUUCGACAGUAUCGAACAUGGACUCCUACUGAAAAAACUUUGUUCACUGGGUGUUUCUAGAGAUGCAGUGUAAUGGUUUUAGGUCAUUUUUUGACAGAUAGAAGUCAGUCUGUAAGGACUGGAAGUGAAUUGUCAGAUUCCCGUAAAGUAGCGCAUUGCGUUCCUCAGGGGUCGAUAUUGGUACCUGCCCUGUUUCACAUCUAAUGGGUGCUGAAGAGCUAUUACAACAACUUGUAGCUCUACUUGUCGUUUCCUGCCCGGGAGGCCGACCACACUGCAGCUGCAGGAGAUUGGCCGCCUGUUGUUGCACGCAUAGCCCUCUUAUUAAUCCAGAUAAAACUAGGCUGCUAUUACUGGGAACCUUGCAGAUGCUAGCAUGCAUGUCGAAGGAUUUUAGCAUCACCUUACUUAACUGGCAAGGAAAUACGGCCGUCACAUUCCGCGAAGGAUUUGGUUGUUGUAGUUGACGCACACCUAAGUUUUAAUGAACAUGUGACUGAUGUAGAGUCCAAGUGUACAGCUAGCUUGUGUCAAAUAAAUCGUGUAAAACAUGUAUUUGAUAAAUAAACGCUAAUGACCACUAUAAAUUCUCUGGUUGUCAGUAAAACGUUUUUAAUUACUGUUCGUCAGUUUGGGCUAGUACAACAAAGAAAAACAUUGUUCGAUUUCAGAAAGUGCAAAAUUUUGCCGCUAGGGUUGCCACCGGCAUCACCCCCAUAUUAAAGAAACUCCAUUGGUUACCAGUUGCUCGGCAACUUGAAGUCAGAGACGCUGUAAUGGCAUUUAAAAAUCUGUGCACGGACUAGCCCCAGCAUAUCUGUGCAGUAAAUUCUUUGUUAGAUGUCUCCCAAUACUAGACACUAGUUGGAUGUAUCGCUACUCCGAACGGCUACUGGUCAUUGGUAAUUUGUAUACAAAGCCGCUCGGCUUUGGAAUGAAUUACCUCGGACUCUAAAGGAAGUGAAUAAUUUGAUGAAUUUUAAGGCUGCUCUUCAGAGUCGCGCUUAGGAGAAUUUUAUAGUAUCAUAGCACCUUUUAUACUUAGACUCUUUUUAAGCUAGCCAGGAUAGUUUUUAUAUAUUCAUAGUUUUUUACUGUAAAGUGUUACUGGAAACCCGAUUUUAUUGGAGUGACAAAUUAUUUAUUUAUUGAACCCCCUUUACGUUUCCUAUAAUACAAUUCGUUUUACCCACAAAUUUUGGCGUAAACUUUGUUUUCAAUUUCUCAAGGAACAAUUGGAAGAAAAGAAAGGUGAACCUUGGAUUGCAGUAAUUUGGCUGCUGAGUACUUUGUCGCUGUUACUUGUCUUAUUCCUUGGGGGUGCCGCGGUUAAGAAACUCCUCUCGUACUCAAGACAAAGAGGUUUGCCAGACGUGCUACGCAUGUCGUUAAGAAAGGAGAGUAACGACACGGAGAUGAAACCUAUGAAUGGCCCCGUCGCUGGCGACACGAACAUCAUGCAUGCAGACCCGCUCGUGGAUAAUACGACUGAUGCGUCACCUGAGUGGAACCAGCAAGUGUGUAGUGCUGAGUCUACAGGAGCGUGCGCAGUCAGCGAGGAUUUGCCACUUCAGGUGAGACAGGCGAAAUAAAUUUUAGAUUCUUGGUUUGCAACCAAGUGACAAGCCGUUAGUGGUCAAUACGUAUACAGUACAUCUGGUUUUCGAAAAAUUUUCAUGAUAACAGAGUUUAGUUCCCAGUGGAAAGAAAUGCUUUUGUUCUUGACACCCAACAUUGAAGUGUAAACCAGCAACAGUUAUCGAAACACAUAUAAAAGUAAUAAGCCAAGUUAACUGAAAGUAAUAAAAGAUAAUUAGCGAAUAUGAAGAGUUAACCAGGUGAAAAAAAUAGAACAUAAGGUUAGAGCGCUUGAAUACUGUAGACUACAUCGCGGAGCAAAACAUAAGAAGCUAUGAUGUAGCCUGGGACGAGGUUCCGCAGUUGGGGAAAAAGGCCAAAAAAAUGGGCGAGCGAAGCGUGCCGAGCGGUAGUCUCGCUUAUGGGGAUCCCUAGUCUACCGCUAGGCUCGCUUCGUUCGCCGAUUUUUUUUUUGGCCUUUUUUCCCAACUGCGGAGCCUGGUACCAGGCUACUAUGAUGCGACCUGAACGGCAAAACCAGUUUUUGAAAGUGACCUAAAUUCCUUACAUCUUCACGCGAAUGUUCGUUUUAUAGUUACCGUAAAUGACCUAUUAAGCGCCCAGUUCCAAAUAAACGCCUCUUAUCUAAUAAACGCCCCCGCUACACGGUUAAAAUUUUAUUAGACGCCCCUCUCUAAUAACCAUUCCCUGUCCCUAUGGUGACUAUAUUUCAAUUAAGGUCAUUUUGACUUUUUAGCGUCUGCAAAACAGUCGCACUACAGCCAUCUUUUAAUGUCAGCUGUAUCUUCUCAGGGCAGACCGAGGGUUGAAAAUUUAAACCACUAUUUCCACCCCCGGGUUUCCAUCACAAUGUAACGAUGACUUAAAUAUUUUUUUAAGGUUCAGGUGCAGGGAGAUGUAGUGGUUUACAAUACAGUGAACAUGAUGAAUACAGUUCAUAUGAAUACAACCAAUAACGUUGAGCUUCAACAAAGUGGCGGAGUGACGGUUGUAGGAGACGAAGCGAAAGUCAAUUAUCAUCAGCCUCCUACGAGCUGA